AUGGUUAUAUGCAUAAUCACCAAGGGUCGACCAGUUCCACAACACCUCCCCAAUUCAGCGUCAUCAGGAGCUUCGACGCAUCUCAACCACAACUGCUACUCGGCGCGAGAACACACCGCACUCCAGUCACUCCGAACCGCUACUGCCGCUACGUUAACUUCGUCCACGACAGUAGCUACCUCGCUCCCCGUGGACAUAAUAAUCGAAACGAUCAUCUCAACUUUCAUCAUCCUUCUUGGGCUGGUUCUAGGAACGCGCCCGCUGCGGCCGCUUGAAUGGCGCGUCUGGGCCGGGAAGAUCGAACGGGAAGGCGAGGAGGGCUUUACCGACAACGCUGGCGCGGUAGACAAGGAUUAUAUGGGCAAUCCAUUCAGUGUUUUUGAGUCGCGACCAAACUUCGUGGAUAUCCGGAAGCAGCGCAAAGAGUUUGCCGCAUGGGUUCAAAAUGGCGGUGCUCGGCAAGGGCAGUGA